ACUCUGGAACAAAUUCACCUUAGCUACCCAGCAUGAAUUUGAUUUUUUUUUUAAACAUACGAGUAUAAUAUUCAACGAGUUAUGAAUAAUAGUGCAAAAAUAAAAUUAUAAAAUAAUAAUUUUGGAAAUUAAAGCCUUCCAAAUUAUUUCCAAUUUUUUUUGUACCAUUGUUCUUAACUCGUUGGAAAUACAUUGUAAAGAAAAAAAAAUUCCUUCUGGGUAGCUAAAGCUAUUUUAUGAUCAAACUCUAAACAUUCAAUGCUUGUGCUCAAAAAUUAUUAGCAUGUUUACAUAAUCGUCAUAAUACAAAUUCUGUAUUUCCAUAAAUAAUUAACUAUACCAUACUAAAUACCUAAUGGGCAAAUGCCUAUCAAUCGUAUUUGUAUAUGAUUUUAUCAGACAAAUUAAUAAAUGCGUAAUAUUAUACAACCUAUACAAUUUAAUAAGCGUUAUGGUUCAUAAUAAUGAAUAUAUUUUCAAAAAACAUAAAUAAUUAAUCCAUUCCGUGAUAAUACUUGACGCUUUCCGCUUAAAGCACAGAAAAAUUUCAUAGAACUAUAGAACAAUAUGGACGCGAAUGAUAAUAGUUUGUGGACCACAAAUUGUGGUUACAAACAGUAGCAACCCCUAGCGACUACAGCGCCCCCUGUGGUUGUUUAAUCAUGCAUUCGUAUGACAGAUCUCAGGAGUUGGGCCAGUUGUGGUGUUAUCAGAAAUUCAGAACUUCGCCGGAGUGUGAUGUAGUCUUCUCAAUCUUAAUCCUCGUUCUGGUACUCAAUUUGUCACGGCCUAUUGGUUAAAUAUUUUUAUUACUUAUUUGUAUUCCAUGUCAGUACACCGUCUAUGUAAAAUUUAGAUUUUACUUCUUACUUUGUGUACGAAAUUGCUUUACAAUUAUUUAAAUUAAAGUUUUAUAUAACAUCCGUAUAUCAAUAUGCAGUCGUCUCAGACUGGCAUGGUUGGUCAACCAAGCUUUAACGUGGGGCCUGGCUUACAAUCUAAUAUACAGGCACAGGUUCCGGGUCAACACAAUGUAUUGGUACCACAAGUUCCUCUUAAUCAGAAUCCUGUAGGUGUUGGUUCCGUUUCCCAGCCUCCAGUGCCUCCUUCCAACCAGAAUCAGUCAGCAUCUGGUCAUCAAUUUAACACUGCAUCUUUGUGUCGUUUUGGACAAGAAACCGUUCAAGAGAUAGUGUCUCGCACACAUGAAGUGUUUCAGCUACUUAAAGUUCUUAUGCCACCGAAUGGUACUACAACUGGUGCUAACAUGAGUAAUGAAAGGCGGAUUAAAAUGCAAGAUCAAUUGAGGAACAUAAAAUUACUAUUUAAACGACUAAGAAUUAUAUACGAAAAAUGUAAUGAUAGCUGUCAACUACAAGGUAUGGAAUACAUGCAUAUAGAAGGAUUGAUUCCACUCCAAGAAGAAUGGGACAUGAAGUCUGAAGAAAGGAAAACUAGCGAAACUUAUCGUGUUGCUAGCGAUGAAAUGAAAGAAGUAGCUGAACAAUUAAGUAAUAAAAAUAGACAUUUAAAAGAAAUAAUUGAUCAUCUUCGAAGAAUUAUAUGGGAAAUAAAUACAAUGUUAGCAAUGAGGAGGUCUUAAUACACUUAUUUAAGUUUCAAAUAAACUUGAGGUAUUAAUAAAUCUCCGAGAUGUAUAUAUACUAUUUAUCUAUAAGCCAAAUUUAUGAUAAUUUCAAGAUCAAUCAAAAUAAAUGUAUUUGGUUUGGUUUGUAGCAUUUUUAUGAAUAAAAGAUGUAACACCAAUACAAGAGUAGCUUUUUUUAAAAUUUACUAAUUAGUUAUUACUUAUUACAUAGAUACAAUUCUUAUAAAUAUAUUUCAAUUUAUUUUUUUAGUUCUAAGUGGGGCCAAUUUGUUUCCUUUAAAAUGUAAUAAUUAUUUCUUAAUAAAAUUAGCGGGACACAUUAAUGGUUCUUUUAUUCUAACAGUUAAUUUGUAAAUACUUAAUACUUGUGUUGUAUGUUAACCAUAUUAAACGUGCACUUGUCUAAA